AUGACACUGUUCUACUUAACAUUAGCCCUAAUAACACAGAUCAUAGUAGCACAGCCAGAUGAUAUAAAUGCUGUUAAAAAUAAUGACACAAUUCUAGAAACACCAAAAUGUGAUGAUGUUGUUAAAGACUAUCAAAAAGCACCUCUCGAUUGGAUGGAUGUUGUAAUAGGACCUUCUACGCCUGUCUAUCCAUCUCCAUCAGCAACUCUGAUGGCCCAAGCUGUCCAAUCAGACAAACCUCCGGAAGAGCAAUUAGAAGAAAUAAAAGAAAUGGCUAACCAAAUAACAAUGGCGAUACAAACUGAAAUGGUUAAUCUUUUGUCAUACGCUGUUUCAGCAACUGAUGGACCAGAGGGUAAUAAAUUAAGGAAAAAACGAUCAGCCGAAACACCAAUGGACUCGACACAAUUGGUAAUGCGUCUAUUAAAACAUAUUAAGUCUAAUAAUGAUUAUCAAAAUAUUGCAAUUGAGAAAAUGAUGAGCGCUCAAGAAAUCGCAGAUAAAUACAACAUCCCUUUCAAAGCUGAUCCAGAAAUUCUAUCGGAUCUAGCUCUAGCUGGUACCGACCAAGCUAAAGAAUUAACUUCUAUAUUGCAAGAUAUUUGUGAUGUUAAUAAUACAACGAGAAGUAACCAGACAAUGGCGAGAGAAACCACGCCAAAUAAAAUGAGUUCCAUUCCUGCUAAACCGAAACAAGAUGACUACUUUUCUCGAUACAACUACUAUUCCGAACCAGCACAUUAUUGCUCUGUCACACCAAAACCCACAUUUUAUGACGCAGUUUCCUAUACACCAGUGCAAGAAUUGUAUCCAUACUGUGGUGUUGAGCCCAUGUCAUCAGUUCUAUUAGAACCUAUAGAAGCAGAGCCAGAAUUUGUUGGUGAAGAGAUAGAGGAGACUGUGUCCUCUAAAAUUAGCAUGAAAGAAGAUGAUGAGCCUGGUACCAUGAGCGUGAAUCAUGUCACGACAUAUUCCGUAGCUGAAACAUCGCAUUUUAAAAAGCCACAUAUUGAAACAAUCCCACAGCAAAUGCAAUACUACUUUUUGCUUAUGUAA